GAGGAACUGAAAUAUGCUUGAUGAAAUUGGUAUGUUAAUCCUAAAAAUGCUGUAGUUGUUCAUCUUCUACCUCUUGUAUCUUCAUGUCUUUUCUUUUACGAUUGAACAAAUUCGACUUGAAGUAACUGGUGUAACUCAGAUGAAGAUAUAGAUCAUAAAGACUCGACGUUAAUGCAUAUGCACAGACACAGUAUGCGUGAGCCUCGUCCUCCUCAGGGUCGGGAGAGAAAGAGUCAUCUAAAUCAUUUGAUGUUUAGUCAUUUUCUUCCAGAUAGAGAUAUGAGAGAGGGAUAGAAAAUCAGGCAUGGAGCGAAAAAAUAAACAUUGCGUACUUAGUUGAAAAGAAAACGAUUCCUUUUCCACCUGCUGUGCAUCGAUCCUUAUCGAAAAGGAGCUAGUUUUUGUUAUAUUAAUAUAAUGUUGCGAAUCAUGUGAAGAUGAAGUAGUUGAAGAUUUGCAAUCUUCUCAACGUGUGUCGUCAG